AUGUUGCAUGCGAUAUACCAUCAAGCAUCCUACACAACAGGCAUUUAUACUUCUCCACAUUUAUUGCAUUACAAUGAGCGUAUUGCUAUUGGUGGCAAACCUGCUAGCGAUGCCAUCCUAUGUAGUGCCUUUGAGAAAAUUGAGCAAGCGCGUGGUGAUGUAAGCCUAAGCUAUUUUGAAUUUGGCACUUUAGCAGCCGUUUUAUUGUUUGUCGAAGCAAGCGUCGACAUCGCUAUCUUAGAGGUAGGUCUUG